CAGUAGAUAUCUGAUUGGUGAUAUGAACAUUGAGACGCAGCACAAAGUGACCAAUCAGCAAUGCCCGCAGCACCAUUCAUCCCGAAGAUAUAAGAGAAGCGAAUGCGAGCGCAUUUCCUCAUUCUCUGUGAAAGUGUUUGUGAGAUUGUGGAAAUGUCUGGAAGAGGAAAGACCGGCGGGAAAGUUCGAUCCAAGGCCAAGUCUCGCUCCUCCCGGGCCGGACUGCAGUUCCCGGUGGGCCGUGUUCACAGGCUCCUGAGAAAGGGCAACUAUGCUGAGCGUGUGGGUGCCGGAGCCCCGGUCUAUCUGGCAGCUGUGCUGGAGUAUCUGACGGCUGAAAUCCUCGAGCUGGCCGGUAACGCGGCCCGGGACAACAAGAAGACCCGCAUCAUCCCCAGACACCUGCAGCUGGCCGUCCGCAACGACGAGGAGCUCAACAAGCUGCUGGGAGGGGUGACCAUCGCUCAGGGCGGGGUGCUGCCUAAUAUCCAGGCCGUGCUGCUGCCCAAGAAAACCAGCGCCGCUGCGGGCUCGAAGACCAAGUGAAGCGGACAUUCUUCAAUCUAAUAACCCAGAGGCUCUUUUCAGAGCCACUUACAGACUCUGUGAAAGGGCUGCUCACUGUCUGAUCUCAUUUCAUUCUGUCUGAAGAAGCGUCAUGCCGAUUCGGAACGGUAACUGUUUCCACACAGUUGCUGUCAAACCUGAAAUUUUCCAGCAUUUUCAUUAAAAAUACGAGCUUCGCUGCAAAAGA